AUGGACACUCUCUUGAAACCUGCUCGUCUCGACUUAGACCCAAAUUCUCCCACCGCUGCAAAAGAAUGGAAACACUGGCAUCGGACAUUCACAAAUUUCAUCGACGAAUGUGGUGAUCAUGCUCCUAACAAGUACAGAACUCUGAUCAAUUACGUGAGUCAUAAUGUUUAUGAAUACAUUGAAGACUGCAAUGAUUAUGAUACUGCUAUUACAACACUGACGAAUUUGUAUAUUAAGCCACCAAAUGAAAUAUUCGCUCGCCAUUUGCUUGCAACCAGACGACAACAGUCUGGUGAAACCUUGAGUGAAUUCCUACAAGAAUUAAGAAAGCUCAGUAGGGAUUGUAAUCUCAAACCUGUCAAUGCAGAGCAAUAUCGUGAAGAACUAAUUCGAGAUGCUUUUAUUAAUGGGAUUUCCUCUCCACUAAUUCGUCAACGACUUCUGGAAAACAAGCAACUAGAUCUUAGUACAGCUUUUGAUCAAGCAAAUGCUCUAGACCUGGCAUAG